GCCGUUACAGUCUGGUGAGGCGAGAGCAGCGCGGCCAGGCCGGGCCUCCCGAUAUUAAAAAAGCAGCGGAAAGAAGAGAAAUGAAUAAGCCUCCCUCAAGGUCCAGCCCGUCGCGAAGGGCUUUUCCCGGUCCGUCCGGCAGGGAGCCCGUCCCUUUCAGCGAGAGAGACGCGCGGAGGGACCGCUCUCCCAACCGGGGCAGCCCACGCCGGGAUGGCAGGAACGGCCGAGAUUCCCGGGACGGACGGGACCUUCGGGGGCGAGAGUUGCGGGGCUCCAGAGAUCACCGAGACCCCAGGGAUUCCCGGGACACGCAAGAUUCCCGAGAGCCCCCCUACGACCGCUACAGGGAGCCCAGGGAGGCCCCCUACAGGAGAGAGGAAGGCUACGACCGCUAUGCCCGGAUGGAUGACUAUUGCCGCCGGCGGGAGGAGCCCUCUUACGACCGCUACGUGGCCCCCCGCACUGGGGACGCCCUGGACAGGCCCACCCUGAGCAACGAAGAACGCAUGAAGAGAGAGGAGAGGCGCCGGGAGGAGCUCUACCGCCAGUACUUUGAGGACAUCAAGAAGUGCAUCGAUGUCGAGCGGCCGGUAGAUUGCUCCGUCAUCGUGGUCAACAAGCAGACCAAGGAUUACGCCGAGUCGGUGGGGCGCAAGGUGCGCGACCUCGGCAUGAUGGUGGACCUGAUCUUCCUCAACUCGGAGAUGUCCCUGCAGCAGGCCCUGGACGACGUCAGCCAGGGGGGCUCGGCCUUCGCCAUCGUCAUCACCCCCCAGCACCAGGUCCACCACUCCUGCACCGUCAACAUCAUGUUCGGCACCCCGCAAGAGCACCGGAACAUGCCGCAGGCGGACGCCAUGGUGCUGGUGGCCAAGAACUACGAGCGCUACAAGUCGGAGGUCCGCGAGAAGGAGCGGGAGGAGAUUGCCAGGCGGGCGGCCAAGAUGGCCGACGAGACCAUCCUGCAGGAGCGGGAGCGAUCCCUGCCGGCCGACGAGGGUCUCCGCGCAACCCACCCCCCAGCCAUGCAGGCCCUCCUGAACCUGCUGGCGGACAACCGCUACCUGACCGGGGAGGAGACGGACAAGAUCAUCAACUAUCUGCGGGAACGCAAGGAACGGCAGCUGCGCGCCACCACCGAGCCCCUUUCCGCUUCGCUUCCCAGGCAGACGAUGGGAGCCGCGUCGGGGUCCUUGGGGCCCGCUUCCCAGGGGCACCAGAGCGUCCAGCCUCUGCCGGCCUCCGCCACGUCUACCGGGGCCUCCAAUCCUCAGCAGGAGCUGCAGGCCAAGAUCCUCAGCCUCUUCUCCAGCGGGGCGGCCAGCGGGGCGGUGAAUGUGGCGACCGGGGGCGGCUCCGGGGUGGGGGGGUCUCCAAACACAGGGUUUACUUCCGGGCCCAGCACGCCUGGCCGUGGCCCCCAGCUGGGCGUGGCUGGAGGCUCCCAGUCUCAGCAGCGAGCUUCCUCCCAGGGCUCCCAGUACUCCAGCCACGCGGGGUCCUCCAGGGCGGGGGGCGGUGCCCGGCCUUCGGCUCCCCCACAGCCCUCCUCCCAGACCCACUACCAGAGCCGGGCCCCUGCGCUCAACAACACGGCUGCCUCGCGCCAGGCUCCCUCCCUGGGGAUCAACUUCGACAACCCCAGCGUGCAGAAGGCCCUGGACACCCUGAUCCAGAGCGGCCCCGCCCUCUCCCACCUGGUGAGCCAGUCGGCGGGCCAGUCCCGGGCGGGGGCCCCUGCCCAGCAGGCCUUGGGCUCCUACCAGCGGCAUUACUGAUGCCCGCUGGGCUCUUGGCUGCCCGCUGCUGAAUGUUCUGGAAGGUGCAUGUCCCCCUCUCCUCCCUGGGCAGACGAAAGGGCUGGAGAAGGCAGCGAGCCCCCCCCCCCCCCCCUCCGGGCGGCCCCCCCCCCCCGCCCGCUCCUUCCUUUUCAGCUGGGAAGGGGACCACGAAGGGCUGCACUCUCCCAAGCAAGAAGGAGCGGUCCAGAGCUGGCAAAAGGGGUGGGGGGAGGGGGGCCAUAGGGGCCGAUCUGUGCGUGUUUCC